UACUUUUACCACAAAAAUUGAAUUCGUUUUGGUUUCACUUGGCUUCAAUGUUGGGAUGUAGCAUGGACACUGAUGAAGACCUCGCUUUAGCACUACAACUUCAGAGUGAACUAGAUGAGGAGGCUCCAGCGGUUGCCAUAACAACCCCAACUGACCAUUCAAAACUUUCCCCUGUUGACCCCAGCUGGGAGUACCUUGACCCUAUUCCGGACAUUAGAGCACUCUUUCUGCAGUUCAAUGACCAGUUCUUUUGGGGCAGAUUGGCUGGAAUUGAAGUUCGCUGGAGUCCUAGAAUGACUUUGUGUGCUGGGUUGUGUUCCUAUGAGGGUCGUGGAGGGCUUUGUUCGGUGCGACUGAGCGUGCCACUACUGAAACUUCGACCUAGGAAGGAUUUGGUGCAAACUCUAUUGCAUGAGAUGAUCCAUGCCUACCUGUUCGUGACAGACAACAACACGGACCACGAUGGACACGGACCUCAGUUCCACAGUCACAUGUAUCGCAUAAACAAGGAAACCGGGGCCAACAUCUCGGUUUACCACACAUUCCAUGAAGAGGUAGAAAACUACAGACAACACUGGUGGCGGUGUACUGGCCCGUGUCGGGAGCGAAAACCUUACUUUGGGUACGUGAAACGUGCCAUGAACCGUGCUCCAUCUGAAAGAGACACCUGGUGGAAGGACCAUAAGAACAGCUGUAACGGCAUUUACGAGAAAGUCAAGGAACCAGAGGGGUAUGGGGAAAAAAAGAAAACCUCCGAAAAGUCGGAAAGCACCGACAUCAAGAAACGGGAAAAAGUCAAAGAAAUCAACAAAAAUAUGGAUAUCCGUCUGUUUGCUGGAAAAGGAAAUGUGUUGAGUGCUGGCCGAGGGAAGGAUAACUCUGUAAAUAUUGUUGAUAAAAAACUGUCUGCUAUAGGGACGAGUCAUGACAGGGUCCAGAAGACAUUAACAGGAGGCCUAGAUAGAAGUAGUUCUAAGAUAGUCCCAACUGUGAAAGGUGGAAAUAAAUCUAAUGUAACAUCAACAGUAACGAGCGGGAAAAAAUCUUCAGCAACAUCAACAGUAACGAGCAGGGGAAAAUCUUCAGCAACAUCAACAGUAACGAGCAGGGGAAAAUCUUCAGCAACGCCAACAGUAACAAGCGGGAAAAAAUCUUCAACAAUUACGGGUGAAAAGAACACUGGUAACCAACCUAUAGCUAAAUCACUAGUAAAUGGCAUUCUUUUUAAGAAAGUUUCUGUGCAUAAUGGAGUAACAGGUUCAAGUUCACAAGACCUUUCAGGGUCAAGGUCACCAGGUCAUGUAUCUGCACAAUCUGAAUACCAUGACAAUCAUAUAGUGGAGGCUGGUCAUAUAUCAAUACUGAAUUCUGAUGAGGAGGAUUCUUCUGAGAUCUUUAAACCGGCACCCACAAAACUUGUCCAACCUGGUGGAGCCAGCAAUGAGCUGACCAGUGGUCAAGGGGAUGUGAGAUCUAAACUAAGAGAUGUGUGGGCUAAUAGAUUCAAUUCGGCAUCCAGUGUAACAGGUUUGCCUGCUCUCAGCAGACCGAAGAAAAGGACACAAGAUUUUGAACCCAACUCUUCACUAAACCCUAGUGUGGCCAAACGAUGUAAAGGUCACCUAGACGUUGAGCACGGUAGAGAUAACAUCUUCAUUACCACGAAUGGUGAUCAAGACUUACCAUCUAUCAGUAGACCCGCAAGUAAAUCACUGAUAUCUGGUUCUCAAGAUUGUUUUAAUUCCAGAACCAAUGUGACUGAUGUAAAUAGUCAAAACUCAACAAUUUCAGGAAGUAAAAAGACAGCAUUGUCAAGUAGUCAAAUGACAAAUAAUAUACACUGUGAACACAAAAAUACUUCAGGUAGUCAAAAGAUAAGUAUUCCAGGUAAAAAGAAACCUUUUUCAGGUAGUCAGAAGGCAAUUAUUGACAGUAGUCAGAACACUGUAAGUGGUAUGUUCAGUAAAAUGAAAUCACCAGGAAAAGACAAAUUGGAUGGCAAUAAUGACCGGAUUAUCUCCCUUGAUGCAUCUUCUACCUUCCAUGAAUGUCCAGUUUGUACAAAGCGUGUGCUUGAGACAGAGAUGAAUCAUCAUUUGGAUUUGUGUCUGCUGGGAUAAUUAUAUAUGUGAUGUAUUAUAAACUUAAGUCUUUCAGUUCUUGUUUUCAUGGUGCUAGUACACAUCUACCUGAGGCUACGGCCAGCCUUCUGUUGAGGACAUUUAUACAAUGUGUUUGAUGCAAUCUUUAUGUUCCUGAUUUUAUAUAAAUUUCAACUUCAUUUCUUAAUGUUAGUUAUAUAUUUAGACCACCUUAUGUCUGUCUGGAGAGAAUAGAAUUACAGAUAUUGACUAGUUGUUUGAAUAGAAUAGCUUGUUACAGGACUUCCAGUUGUAGACUCGUAACCGAAGUUUGUAGUGUUCUAGCCCCUUUCUUUUAGAUUUAAAUCCUCUGUUUAUAGACCUAAAGCCCUGUUGAUAGUUGAUCAUGUGUUAGUAAAAACACAGGGGCCUGGUAAUAUAUCAUCAAGUGUACAUGUUCAUCCUUCAGUUUGAUAUAUUUAGUCCAGAUGCAGGGGCCUGUCAAUCUUUUAUUAUGUGUUCCUCCUUCAUUUAGAUAUAUGCAAGUCAUCCAGACACGGGGGCCUGUCAAUCUAUUAUCAUGAGUUCUUUCUGAAAUUACUUUAAUUUUGAUCUUGAGAAAUAGCAUCCUCUCAAUCACAUAGUCAAGUAUUCAGAAACAAAAAAUACAGGAAAUUUCAUAAAAUACAAAUGAAAAUAAAGUGAUUUAUAUAGUACUUUUGUUGAUAAAUGAAAGUCUGGUCAUCAUUCAGAUAUAUAUUACUCUGCAUUGCUAGGCUGUUGGUAGCUAGCUGUUAGGAAUCGAUGAUGUCUUGCCUUAAAGUCCAAAUCUUGACAGAAAGAAUUGAAUGGCUUCCUAACGUAAAUGACUUUUUGUAUCAUUAUUUUAAAAAGUUAAAUAAUAAUUGUUAUCAAAUGUCCUUUGUUUUCUUUUCAAUUCGUAAAAAUAUGACGAUAUAUAUAUAUACAUGUGUCAUACCUGGUACAGUAUUGUUACCAAAGUUCGCAGAUCCAGAAUAUUUAUUGGAACUAUUUUAUUCAUGUUCAGUGGAUUCUACAUGGAGAAUAAGCUUAUUAUUUUGUUCCUGUAAAACCAAAAUGGUUGCCAUGUAAUGCCAUAUUAUCCAAAUUCCGAAAUCCAUACUCCUUAAGCUUCUGCUCAGUGAUCAUGGAGGAUAAACAGUCACACUACAGCAGGAGUAAAGGGAAUCACGAAUAUCAUUUGAUAAUUGAACUGAGCAUGGUAAAAUAAUAAAUCAUUGAUGUUUUUACUUUUGUGAACAGAAUUCCUUGCAAUUGAGUAAUAUAACAGCAACAGUUUUAUCUGGUCAGUGCAUCUUACUGCUCAACUCCUGAUCUGUCAGGAGAAAGAGAUAUACAACGGCCAGACUGGGACCUUCCGAACUGUCGAGAACGCUCUACCAAUUGAGCUACCUGGUCGCCUAGAAGCUCAAUCUGGGCGUGGAAAUCGACCCAGUCCAGUCCUACUACACUUCUAAUGUCUAAAAGGUUUUGUCCAUGACUUUGAGAUUACAGUUGAUUACUAUGUAUUACCUAGGUUACAGUUAAGGUCUGAACUCCAAAGAGCUGAUUGUUUUAACAGACCAGGUGUUUAUUGCUGAAAAAUCCCUGAGCUGUUGCAAAA